AUGGCAUUCAUCAAACUCCUCCACAUCAUUUUGUUGCUUGCACUCCUUCCUUACUCAACAUUCACCCACGCUUGUGCACUAAGACGGCCAUCUCCACGAAGCCCACCACCGCCUCCACGAAGCCCACCACCGCCUCCACGAAGCCCACCACCACCUCCACGAAGCCCACCACCCCCACGAAGCCCACCACCACCUCCACGAAGCCCACCACCGCCUCCACGAAGCCCACCACCCCCACUAAGACCCCCACCCCCGCAAAGCCCACCACCAUCAUGCAGCUUUAGACCAUCGCCACCCUCAUCAGAAGGAAAAUGCCCCAAGGACACCUUAAAGUUUGGAGUUUGUGCUUUAGGACAUGGUCCCAUGAUUUUUGAAACUCCUCCUUCAAGCAAAUGUUGCACGUUGUUUAUGGAUUUGGCCGACUUCGAGGCCGCAGUUUGCCUUUGCACUGCUAUUAAAGACAACGUGCUUGGAACCGACGUGGAUAUACCCAUCACCCUCAACUAUAUUCUAAGUGCUUGUCAAAAAGUUGUCCUUCCUGGUUUCCAGUGUCCCUAGAGUUCACAUUAUUAUAUUAAGUUAUAUGAUAUAUAUAUCGUCUUUGUCGUCGGAGAAAUGUUUAGAUAUGCACUUACAUUAUGAAAUUAAUGGAG